UCGACCGAGAGAGCGUUUGCUACUUUGAGAACGAGCGACGCGCGUCCCUGCGAGUUACCGCGAUAGCCCGUCUCCGUCGUCGUCGUCGUCAUCCUACACUGUCAUCUUAUCACUGACACUAUCACUAUCAGUCGUACGGUUCUUUCGCGUUUUACGUGGCUCUCUCUUUAUCAAAGUCUCGGUGUAAAAAAAAGUUCUGUUCGUUUGUUGUGACAUGAAGAAGACAUCGUUAUCGUGAAUCAGUGAACAAGUUUAGUACGUCUCGCUGACGGACUCAGUGCGGACGGAUCAUCGUCGCCGUUUUCUUCCUCGGAGUCUCACUGUCGUCAUCGUUGCGAACAAUCUCGCAAACGAAAGAGUUCAGAUAUCUUCGCGAUGGAUGGGUGAGAAUAAGGUAUGCGCGUUGCAGCAGACUGAAAGAAAGUUAGUUAUGGACAUAAAGGUUUCGUGUGCAUGUGAGAACUGAAAACAUUGUGCGGGUCUGACGUGUGGCGAGAGAAACGCGCGAUAUAAUUGUUUACAGUGACGCGGCGGCGCGUUUGAAAAACGCUGUUCACAGCGUGAUUUAAAUCGGUAAACAUCGAUAACGAUAUAUGUAUAUACAUAUACAUGUUAAUUGUCGGAGUGUCUGAAGAGAUACGCAAAAAGAGAGAGAAUCGAAUAAAACGACCUUGAAGAUGCAUUGAGGCGACACGCUUCUCGGGACUUGCUCCGAUAUUCGCCAGCGUGAACACAGUGAUACGGCAACGUGAACAUCUGGGGCCACGGAGCGUAUCGCUGGGGCGAGCUGCAGGACGCGCCGGAGUGCCUCGUUGUCAACACGAGUCGCAGGAAGAACAGGGACGCGCGUUUCCGACCCCCCAUGGACCACGGAGCAAUGGACAGCUCUUCCGACCACAGCAGUCGUGCCAGUCCCGUAACCGGCAGUCCGAAACAUCCGCACAGUCCGUCGACGCAGCACAGUCAGCAACAGCAGCAGCAACAGCAACAGCAGCAACAGCUUCACGGCAGUCAGCAUCAGCCGCCGCCGUCUCAUCAGCAGUCGCGUGAUCAGAUACGCGAUCAUCAACAACAUCGCGGUGUGCCCACACCCGGAUCGCCCACAAGAGGUUCGCCACCCCAGGGCCUACCUCUGAGUCCACCGCCUCUGUCAGCCGGGGGAGGACCGGGAGCGCCACCAGGAAUGGUGCCCCGCAUGCCAGGACUGCCACCACCGGGGCUAGGACUGCUGGGCCAGCUCGGUGGUAUGCUGAGCGGUCACCAUGGCUCGCCGCUUGAAUUGAUGGCAGCUCAUCACGCGGUCUUGCCACCGAGAUCUUACAACAGUCCACCGCCGAUCAGCACUAGCGAUCCUACCGCCAACGAGUGCAAGCUGGUCGACUAUCGCGGCCAGAAGGUCGCGGCGUUCAUCAUCGCCGGCGAUACAAUGCUCUGCCUGCCGCAGGCCUUUGAGCUCUUCCUCAAACAUCUCGUGGGUGGCCUUCACACAGUUUACACCAAGCUCAAGCGGCUAGAUAUCGUGCCGUUGGUGUGUAACGUCGAGCAGGUUAGGAUCCUACGCGGCCUCGGUGCCAUCCAGCCUGGCGUUAACCGGUGCAAGCUGCUCAGCUGCAAGGACUUCGAUAUUCUUUAUAGGGACUGCACCACGGCCAGCUCCAGGCCAGGAAGACCCCCAAAGCGAGCUUCCGUUGGGCUGAGCCUCGCGGCCAGCCACCUAGCCGCGGCGGCUGGCCAUCAUCCGCAGCACUCUCUGAAAAAGCACAGGAUGGACAACGGCGACUAUUACGAGAACGGACAUCUCGACGUACCGAGGAUGGAGAAAUCACCGCUUCUGGCAAACGGAUACAAUCACCCACCCACGCACCUCAGCCACAUGCAGUUCAUGCAGCUCGGCGGGCAUCCAGGUGCAGGACACACCGCUAUCCUGUCACCGGCCAGUCUGCCACAUCACCUGCAGGCGCAAGCACAGGCUCGCGCCGAGCAGGGCCUCAAGGUCAACCCAAAUAUGACCAACAUGGAAGCCCUCGCGAGGUCCGGGACGGUUUGGGAAAACUGCCGAGCAGCCUACGAAGAUAUUGUCAAACAUCUCGAAAGGCUUCGCGAGGAGAGGGGCGACGCCGAGAGAGCGCUGGCUUUGGACCACAAACCCAGGGACCUCAGUUCGCAUAAUGGCUCGUCGAACGGUCACAGCCCGGUUUUGAAUCUCUCGAAAACAGCGGGAAGCGGAAGCGUGGGCGAGCAGUCCGGUAGCGAAGCGGGCGCGUCGCAUCGUUCUCAAGACGACGAGGAGGAGGACGAUAAUCUGUCCGAGGAUCUCGACGACGACAAUGAGAAGGACGAAGAUCUGUCGGAUGUGCCGGAGAACCUGCCGCUACCAGCGCCGGGCUCGGAAAGUCCUCCCCAGGCCCUGAAUUACUCGCAGAUAGCCUCGGCAGCAGUCGCGGUGUCUCAAAGCGCUCAGGACCCCUCGGUCUCGAGUACGGAGACCCUGCUGAGGAAUAUCCAGGGCCUGCUCAAGGUCGCGGCCGACAACGCGAGACAGCAGGAGAGGCAAAUCAACUACGAGAAAGCCGAGCUGAAAAUGGACGUUCUUCGGGAGCGGGAGGUCAAGGACAGCCUGGAGCGGCAGCUCCAAGACGAGCAGAAGGUGCGAGUGGUUUACCAGAAACGGUUAAAGAAGGAACGAAGAGCGAGGAAACGGUUGCAGGAACAACUAGACCUGGAGAUCAAGAGGCGUACGCAACUGGAGGAAGCCCUGAAGGCUACGGGGGCAUCUUCGGAACAAGUCAGAGCGAUUACCGAAAACGUCACGGCGGAAACGCGCACGAGUUCGGAACCGCCGGAGGCCAGUCCGGUGCAUUCCCAGUCGCAGCAAACGCCCUCGCAGCAACAGCCGCCGCAGCAACCCCUUCAGCAGCAACAGGCAGCGGCUCAACAGUAUCGGGAAGCACAAGUGCCGCGUCCUUCGCAGCAACCGUCGACGCCGGAGAAGCCCGCAUGGGGAUAUGGACUAGACCUCAUCGGUAGUCAGGCAUCGGCCUUCUGGCAAAACUACCAAGAAUCGCUGGUGCAGGAACUCGAGCUAGAGAGAAAAUCGCGGCAGCAUCAAGCAGCCGAGAGGGACCAAGUCAAGUCUCCUCUUCAAGAAUCACGAACAGGUUAUUACAAGAAUUCGGUUCUGUUCACGAGCGCGACCUAGAAGAGGCCGGACGACGGCAGGCGAGGGCAGCAGGCAGAGCGUGCAGCGAGUAGCCGAAACGAGUGAUUAAUCUUUAUAGCGAAGAAGAAAAAUAACGCGCAAUUCGAAGCUACGAGACAACGAUCCACGGAAAUCUUCAAGGAGCAAUCAUGAUGAUUGACCGAUCGAGAAGAAACGCACAGAUCCGACGAUUCGAAAACUCCGAGUGACGGUCUUUGUUUAUUACGAGUACGUGUCGCGCGGAGAUUUUACAGGUCGGCGAAUAGUGUGAAUGUGCUUGAGAGAAAGACACAGAGAGAAAGAGAGGCUUCGAGAGUAUCUUAUUAUGUUGAGAGAGAGAGAGAGAGAGAGAGAGAAAAAAAAAGCGCUUACAGAUUUUGAGAGAUAGAAUCGCGCGAGCGCAAACGCGAUAACCACGACGAUUUUCGGUCACCGAUAAACGCGUUCUUCUCACAUUUGUACAGAGCUAUGAUUAUUAUUACUCGCGUUCCUCAACAGUCGGGAAAGAAACUCCGGAAUUGUAAAGCGGAGCUGAUCGGUCCGAACGAACGGACGUACGUGAAUUAAGUAACACACAGAUCGUGACCGGUAUAAAUCCGAUCGCACACAUAUCAACGGCGCGAUUUUUCUCGCGUUCCCGCGGAUUUUAUCGAUUUGCGUUCGAGGCGAUUGCGAAGUCGGUCGUUCGUUCAACGACGACUACGGAACAGAGAAAAGUGAUAUUCUCCAACUUGUACGUAAUAUCGAUUAAAUUAUAACCCGUGAAUAACGACUGAGAAUCGUGUGAUUCUCGCGAUAUCGAGGUGAUCGCGAGAUAGCAUGCGAGACAGUAGGAAAUGUCGAGAGCAAAGAGAGAGAGAGAGAGAAAGAGAGGAGAGGGGGAGAGAAAGAAAACGAAAAAAAAAAUACUGAGAGACAUAGACGAGAAAUAGGGAGGGAGAAAAACGAGAGGCAUAUUUCUAAAGACUGCUGAAGAGUGCGUGCGCGCGUGCAUGCGUUCCUAGAGGUACCUAUCUCCUAAUUAUCAAGCGAAUUAAUUAGCUAAUCGUUUUUAAGAGAUUUUUCGAAACGAUCAGGUGCGCCAUGUCGUCGUCGCGCGCAUCGCAAAUCGCGCCGAUUUCGAGUAUUAAUUAUUAUUAUCAUUAUUCACAUAUUAUUGUACGUCAUCGCGGCGGCGCAGGGCGAACCGCGAUCACCACUGCGAAAUAAAAAUGUCGAGUCGCGGGGGCUCUAAUCGCGAUUAUAGAGCGCGAUCUCUGAUAUAUUCGAUAUUUCGACACCGGCGUUUUCGCGAUAACAUCCGCUCGUCUCACGUCUCAGGAUCGUGUCGCGGAGACGAGAACGAUCGCGACGAUCUCUCGAAAACGCCGCUCCCUCCCGUCGUCGUUGAGCGCGACGCGUGUCCGCCUUUUUUUGUAAAAUGCGCGUAUGAAACACACGCGAAGAAUGCGUCUUUUUCGACGUGGAUCGGGAUUAGAGCCACGACUCGAACACUGUAUCAUAGAAAAAAAAAAAAAAAAAAAAAAAA